UCAGCUUCUGUCCCACAAGCUAUAGUGGCAAGCAUAUAAAUACUUUAAAAAUAAAAUAUUCAUCAUUUUUUAUUUACUUUAGGGGGCAGAGAAUCCCCAGUAGUUUAAAUCUAAUAAAAUGCAGUGCAGUAAAUACGUUUUUACACAGUAACGUAAUUUCCCAUUACUUCUUAAGUUCCUGACAGGUGUGGGGGUUGUGAAUAAAAGAUGAUUUCUUUUUCUCUCCCUAUAAAAAUAUCUUCUGAAUUCCAUCUUCUGCUUGAAUUUGAUUGUGUCUGCUCCUGUUGAACUCGGUGAGCAUAAUGAUUGAAAUGUCCCAUGCUAGAAUCCCCCUCUGAGGUGCUGCGAUAAUAAAUCCACCGUGUUUGUGUUGGAUUAUAUUGUGCUGGUUUGGCUCUCUGGGUGGUGAAGCAAAGAAGGCCAUAUUGGAAAUUGUUAUUGUAAGGAGCACAAACAUGAUUUGUGCAGAUUUUGUGGAAAACUGUCCAACACAGCACAAGCUCUUUUUGCAUCCAGUUAAGCACCCAAAAAUAUAACAGUGAAUAGUAACAAAAUUAACAAAUCAGUGUUGCUUCAGGUUUUCAUAAUAAAAGUACAAUAUAGUUUGUUGAAAGGAUCAAUUUUAAGAGGAUUGUGAGCACAUGAACAUUCAGUUUAAUCUGUAAAGCAGCAUGAAUCUGCUGUGCUGUGCUUUAAAACCAAUUAGUGGUAUCUUUGUCAACAUCCUAGCAUCCAUCAAAUACACAAAAAACUUCAGUUCAGUUGAAUAUAUACAGAGUUCACAAUCAGAGUAAGGUUUGAUGUUGCAUUGUAAAUGUAAUCACAGUAAAGACAAUGAAGUAAAAUCAUUGUAAUCAGUCAUAUGAAUCUGCAUGUUUACAUUCAUGUAACGCUUCCUUCUUAUGUUUUAAUGCUCUUUCUUUACAGUCGGGUUUCAUACUUCCAAUAGAAACAAAGAAGCUAAAGGAGGGGAUUUGACAGGCUUUUGUUGGCCAGAAUUUGGCCUUUUAAAGGAGCCACUCCCAUCAGACUAACCAUGAUUGUAACCCAAACCCUCCAUCUAUCAAACUGCCAUGACCACGGGCCGCGGGGAGCAAUCAGCCUGAGGGCCGCUGCCUCCUGGAAGACCUCAUUCAGAAAAAAAUAUUACUUUAGGGAAGUUUAAAAAGCCAAGAAAGCCAACGGUGACUCCAUUACUGCAUGCACUCUUUAAUCUCGAAUUAAUCUUAAUCUGCUUAGUUUUGUCUGCUCUGAAUUUCCUGAUCUUGGAAACUGAAAGUACAAACACUGUUGUGGUUAAAGUUGUGGAUUCAAUCCAACAUCAAGUUACAAAGUUAAAAGAUGCUCUCAAAAUGCAUUUUCAUGGCCACUUUAAACAAAACACAUCUUAUACCAUGUAGUGAUGAUUCAGAUUUUCUCAAAAGCAUGAAACAAAGAGAGACGCAGCUCGCUGGACUCACAGACAUGAUGUCACCAUUUUACUGACCCAGGGGACGCUGCUGGCUCCUGACUCGCACCACAUUCAAGAAAAGGUGGGCCAAAGAUAUUUAAAAUCUGAACAAAAAAUGUUUAUUUGCACAUAAAACUAUAUUGUGACUGACUCAGAUGUAAGGGGGAAUAGUUCACAACGGCACAGAACUCCUUAAGACUGGGUUUUAUGUAUCAAGAUAUCUGUUUUAGAUUUAGUCAGACAAUAGGAGGAGGGCUGCACCUUAAUGGAUAAACUGAUUCUGGCAAAAAGAGAAUUUUUAAGACAAAUCUCUGGUGAUGUGUUGGAGUGUUCUUGUAGGUAAACUAAAAUAACCAGACCCCUCGGUAUAGAUGCCGUCCAAGUUGCAGUUUGCAGUAAAAAUACUUAGACUUUAUUUCAGGAUGGGGAUUCAAUGCUGUCUCUAAUGACAUUUAAUUGAUGAUUUUCUUCUUGUUAUCAAUCUGUUUUUCAUUUUUAACAAAGACCCACAGCAGUAAUUUGUUAUAUGUGCACUUUUUUGGUCAGGGGGCAUCUUACUGUGUUUUAUUCCCGAACAUGGUUUGUGACCUUUCAGUCAGCAGACUUGGAGUAAAACAUUACGUGAUAAUAAUGAGACACUUCUGUGACCUUUAGUGAACAACGGAAAGGGCAGAGAGAAAAGUAUGGAGGGAAAAAUGAGAGCUGGACAGUGAAAUCAAACUUUGGAGUCUUUUUAGUGCUGCAGGGGGCAGAAAGGGGAAGCUGAAUUGUGCGGCUCGCUGAGGUCAACUGGCGUGUUACAUAUAAAAACAUCUGCUGGCAUUUUAUAGUCUGAGUUACAUGUUUGCGGUAUCAACGAUGUCAAGGCUCCCUAAUAUCAUGACCAACCUUCGCUGACUGUUUUCCUUCAAGGAGAACCACACUGUACCUUUUUAAUUACAAUAUAAUAACAUAUGGUAGGUAUAAUUGACAUUUAUAAUAUCUUCUGUUAAUCUCAGAGGAAAAUAAUCUCUAGAUGUUUUUCAAAAAUGCACAUUACUAAGAACAAAACAAGAAAGUCCACAAGCCUGUCUAUCAUUAGUAUUGUGUCGGUUAACCCUUUUGCCACCCUGCUUCACUAACUUCUCCCGCUAGCUGAGAAGGAGGCAGAGACUCAGUUUCAGUUUUCAUAGGGGAGACGUGUGGUGUUGAAGCAGCGUUUCCAAACACUUCCACCACGUCUGUGCAGUCCGUACAGCGUACAGGACAGAGGGAGAACACAAAGGAGUGUUUUAACAGCUCUCGUACCAUCAUGAGCGACAUCAAGCUGGCUCUGCUGGGGAGCGAGGGAGCUGGGAAAACAGGUGAGACAACUGUUGACACUGUUUUUACUUUAAAGGGUGUCCCACUGCAUUGCAUUGCUUUGUUGGUCUUUCUUUUUGUCUGUAAGUUAUGGAUGGUGCACAGCAUGAAGUGUAUGUGUGUCUUUGUUUAAUACCUGACCUACUGCCCAUUAAAGAACAAACACGAGUAACAGGAUAUGAAUAUUUUAAAUUGGGACAAAUAAUGUCAGAUUUCAGCCAUUAUAUAGAAUUAUUUAGCGCCCAAUCAAUAAACAGACGACAACAAUAGUGACUUGUAAAUAACCAAUUUGGCUUCUAGUCAAGAAGUACAUUUUAAACUGAGUGAUUUUGGCGUGAAUGCAUCGAUUAAAAUUAACAAGUGGAUUUCCAAGCUUUAGCUGAGAGUUAAUCACAUGACCUUUCACUGCAUUUUGUGGAACUACUGCACUGUUUUUUGAGCAAGAAUCUGCAACCAUCAAUGCAAUCUUUUAUCUUCUUAGAUAUUCAGUGUGAUGAAAAACAGUUUUGUGAAAACUGGCAAUAUGUUUUAUUCUGCUCUCCCACUGUACUCUGUACAUAUUCUGUAUUAUUAUAAGCCUGUCAAAGUAUGGAUUAUCUUUUCCAUAGCAGUGUGCAGCAUAAAGACACAUACAAUCCUGUGAUGACAUCUUUGAGCGAUGACAAAAUUGCAGAGAAAUACUGACUCCCUUUUUCUUACCUUCAUAUUGUCUCCAGCUGUUCUGGUGCGAUUCCUGACAAAACGCUUUAUUGGAGAGUAUGCUUCCAGCGCCAAUUCUUUAUACCAUAAAAGGAUGUCCAUUGAUGGCAGGCAGUUAAACCUGGAAAUAUUUGAUCCAUGCUCACAGAGUGGAGGCAGCACAUGCAUCCAGGAGGAGCCUGUGAACUGGGCAGAUGGAUUUGUGGUGGUCUACAACAUCAGCGACCGAACGUCCUUCCUCCAUGCCAAGAGCGUCCUGCAGCAGAUCAAAGAGGCCCGAGAGGAAAGCAGUAAAGGACUGGUGGAUGUUCCAGUGUUCUUAGUGGGGAACAAGCAGGACCUGUGCAACGCCCGGCAGGUAUGUGAGGAGGAGGGACGGUCCUUGGCUCAGGAGGAGUGCUGCCACUUCCAGGAGGUGUCUGCAGCAGAGGACUACUUGGAGAUAUCAAACCUCUUCACAAAGCUCAUUCGUCAUGUGAUGGAUAACCUGAAGCACUGUGCAGGCCGCAGACGAUACAGUGGCUCCAAGUCCAUGGCCAAACUCAUUAAUAAUGUGUUUGGUAAAAGGCGGAAGUCUGUCUGAUGGAGGAACUCAGUGGUUACUAAUCAGAAUGCAUGUAACUAGAAAUAAUGCUUGUUUAUCUGAGUACAGCUUACAUUUUGUACUGAUUAUAUAUUUCAAAACAACAGUUUGACUGAAAUUUAAUGACACCUAGCAUUUUGUAAAGAAUAAUCUGUUAUUUGGUUGCAUGCACCAGCAGCAUGAAUAGACAAUGUCUUUUUGAAGGGAAUGAAUCCAGAAUGGAGCUCUGAAAAAUUAUGUUGAGAUUAAAUGUGGGCAGUUCAGAUGGUGUGAGGGCAAUUUGCAAUGCUGAUAGUUUCACAACUGUGUUUUUGCAAUGCAAACAGAAAGUAACAUUUUUCAAUUCUAACUGUGAUUUGUAGAGUAAAAUUUAGAACAAAAAAGUCAUUCUAUGCAUGUAAAUUUUUGUGUUACAGCUGUUUUGCAUUGAUGUUGAGGUUAUAAAACUUUUUUUAAACAAAA